CCAGCGCGUCUCUCACUCAGCAGCAGCAGCAGCAGACACUCGCACCUCCACUGCAGCUUCAGGAGAACAGGAGAAGUGGAGAACAGGAGCAGUAAGCAGGUGCAGAGAAGCUGCAAAGAAUAAGAGUAUAAGGAGGAGGUGAUGCGACUGUGAGUUCUGUGAGAGUUUGAGUCUGUCACCAAAAUCACCAGCAGUAGCAGCUAAAGCACACACCGUCCCCUGACUCUUUGCGCCCGUUCACCUCUGCUCUGCUCUGGUUUGCUCUGUGCCAUGGCCUUCACCCUGUCAGAGAUCAUGGCGGCGAGGCGGCAGCAGUCACAGGCUCAGUCGCACGGUGCUCAGCGCGGCGGCAGGACCACAGUGGAGGUGGACGAGUACAGCACCAACCCCACUCAGGCCUUCACCUUCUACAACAUCAACCAGGGGCGCUUCCAGCCACCACACGUCCACAUGGUGGACCCAAUGCCCCAUGAUGCUCCCAAGCCACCAGGCUACACGCGUUUUGUUUGCAUCUCAGACACGCACUCCCGCACAGAUGCGAUCCAGAUGCCGUACGGGGAUGUGUUCAUCCAUGCUGGAGACUUCACCGAGCUUGGACUCCCCUCUGAGGUCAAGAAGUUUAACGACUGGCUAGGUACCCUGCCCUACGACAUCAAGAUCGUAAUUGCCGGAAAUCACGAGUUGACCUUCGACCAGGAGUUCAUGGCUGACCUGAUCAAGCAGGACUUCUACUACUUUCCCUCGGCAUCCAAGCUGAAGCCGGAGAAUUAUGAGAAUGUCCAGUCGCUGCUCACGAACUGCAUCUACCUGCAGGAUUCUGAGGUCACUGUACGGGGCUUCAGGAUCUACGGCUCCCCCUGGCAGCCCUGGUAUUAUGGCUGGGGCUUCAACCUACCACGAGGUCAGGCUCUGUUGGACAAGUGGAACCAGAUCCCUGACAACACAGACAUCCUGGUCACACACUGCCCCCCACUGGGUUUCCUGGACUGGGUCCCAAAGAAGAUGCAGCGCGUCGGCUGCAUGGAGUUGCUCAACACAGUGCAGAGGAGAGUCCAGCCCAAAUACCACGUGUUUGGGCACAUUCACGAAGGUUAUGGCAUGAUGACAGAUGGCACCACGACGUUCAUCAACGCCUCCGCCUGCACCGUCAACUUCCUGCCCAUGAACGCACCCAUUGUCUUUGACCUCCCCAACCCCAGGACCACCACCACAUGACUAGAGGAAGCUGAGCCGCAAAGCCUCUCCACCAAUCAGGAGAAAGGAGCCCGGAGGAGCAAGUGAGGUCAGCCGGUGGAACUAAAGACUGUACAUAUUAGGCAGGUGAGUUUUCUUUUAAUGUGACACAAAUGGAACACACCACUGUGGUGAUGUCACUUUGUGGAGGAAGCUGGAUGAGGCUCAGAGGCUCGCUCACUCACGUCGUUAUUAUUAGUUUGUGUGCCGUAACAUUCUUCACCAGUAACUGCAUCUGUGAGAGCAGAUGAAUGAGCGGGAGAGACGCUUACGCUAACCUGCGCACAAACGGGACAUGUCUGUGUUCCCAUUUUACUGCACUGACAAUCUCAUGUGGCGCUCAGAGAGACAAAAGAGAAGCACUGAUGUCCCCACUGGCCAUUAACAUGAAAUCGUCUGGAAACCUUUGGACGAUCAGUGAACUAAUCCAACGCCUCGUUUGCAGGAGAGCUUCAGUCUCCAGGGGAACUUUUUUCUUCCUACUUACUUAACACAGUAAACGUUCAUUUCUAAUUUUUUGUGUGUGUUUUUCCCCCACUGUGUGUGUACGUGGGAAGUGGGUGGGUAAAGUCAGUGAAAGGCCAUGAGAGUCUGGGUGUCAGGCAUGUUGACGUCACUCCACUGGGCCUCAUUAUUUUACCAGGGUUGCCAGAUCCCACAGAUGCAGUCUAAGUGUUCACUCUUUCAAAUCUUUACAGAUUGCACUAAUCAUUUUCUAUAAAUGAUACGAAUAGGUGAAAUAAGAAAUGUAUUACUCAAAUCCUGAACAAAUUCUAGAGCAGUAUGCACACACACACAUGCACAGAUACAGCUUGGCACCCUCAAUAUUAACUCUUGACCAUUGUGUUUUAUCACUCAGACCUGGCAACCCUGAAUACAAGUUUCCCCCUUGAAGAAUAGUUUUUUUCCCCCCCGAGUGUUGUUAUAAAAUAUACUGACACAUAGUCAGAGCUGACUACCUGAACUAACUGAAAACAUGGCUGCCAGUCCGAACACAGAAAAACUGAUUUUAGCCACUUAACAAGCAGCUCACCUGAUAUUGAUAUUUAUUUCUGCUUAUAUUUAUAAUACCUUAGGAAAAUGUCUGCAGCCUUAUCUAACUGUUAGACAGCCUAUUUCAACAGGUGAUUGAAAUAUUUCAUUUAAAUGUGCCUCUACGACACAAACCUACCACUACUUUCACUCUAACCAUUUGAGGAGAGGACUCAUACCUCUGUUCUGUCCACUCCUUUUCAGCCAUUUCUCUUCCCUUUUUGUUUUUUUUUUCCCUUCCACCUCCUCCUUCAUGCAUUGAAUGACUCAGCUUCUUAGUAACGACUGGAAGGUCAGGCCUUUUGAACUUGAGAAGAAGAGCAGGUAACAUGCGAUGUAAAGGUGCUGUGGUCACUUCUUGGACUUACCUGUGUUUCUCAUGGGAGAGAUGGAACUUUUUGUCCUUUAUCCAGAGGAGCAAAUCUGUAACUAAUCGUACUGUAACUGGUCUUUGUAAAUGUUCUCUGUCAAUAUGACAAAAAAAAAUCUUUUUCUGGAUGAUUUCCAACUUGUUGCUAUGCUUUAAAAGAAAUGUAACAAUGUAUUUGUGUCUAGAGAUGUACGGUUUGUUACGUUUCAUUUAUUAUGUUGUAAAUGCUUAUUAUGGUAUUCUCUUUUCUGUGCCCAGCAGUUUGUCUGUUUAAAAAGAUUUGUUUGUUUGUCUGUUUGUUUGUUUUUUUUACU